GCGGCCGCUCCCGCCCGCGCCUGACGCGGCUUCCGGCGGCGAUGGCGGCGGCGGCGGCGGCGCCGGGCCCGGGCCCGGCCGAGGCUCCCGCGGCCGCUCCGGAGCUCAAGAGCCGCUUCCGCACCCGCGAGGGCUCCUACCGCCUGCUGGGCCCCGCCACCGCCGCCGCCGCCGCCGCUUCCUCCGCCGCCGGGCCCGUCCCGGCCGGUGCCGCCCCGCCGGGCCCCGGGGCGCUGCCGCCGGUUCGGCUGUCGGUGGUGAGGCUGGCGCGGAGCCGCAGCCCGCCCGGAGGAAGCGCCGAGCGCAGCCGCGUGUGCUGCAACCUGGGCCGGGAGCUGCAUUUCUAUGGAGGGGCUGGAAGCGGGGGACGCGGCUGCCGCAGGGCGCUGGACCUGCAGCGCCCCAUCGACAAGCGCGUGUACAAGGGCACGCAGCCCACCUGCCACGACUUCAACCAGUUCACGGCCGGCAGCGACACCCUGGCGCUGCUCGUGGGCUUCUCCGCCGGGCAGGUGCAGUACCUGGACCUGGCCAAGAAGGACAGCGCCGGCCGGCUCUUCAACGAGGAGCGCCUCAUCGACAAGUCCAAGGUGACCUUGGUCCGGUGGCUGCCGGACACGGAGCGCCUGUUCCUGGCGUCGCACGCCAGCGGCCACCUGUACCUGUACGACUCGGAGCAGCCGUGCGGGGCCACCAGCCCGCAGUACACGCUGGUCACGCAGGGCGAGGGCUUCCGCGUCUUCUCGUGCAAGAGCAAGACGCCGCGGAACCCGCUGCUCAAGUGGGCGGUGGGCUCGGGGCCGCUGAACGAGUUCGCCUUCUCGCCCGACGGGCGCUCGCUGGCGUGCGUGAGCCAGGACGGCGUGCUGCGGGUGUUCCACUUCUCCUCCAUGCUGCUGCAGGGGAUGAUGCGCAGCUACUUCGGGGGGCUGCUCUGCGUCUGCUGGAGCCCCGACGGCCGCUACGUGGUGACGGGCGGCGAGGACGACCUGGUCACCGUGUGGUCGUUCGCCGAGGGCCGGGUGGUGGCCCGCGGCCACGGCCACAAGUCGUGGGUCAACGCGGUGGCGUUCGAUCCGUUCACCACGCCCGAGGGUGGGGACGGGCGAGGCGGCGGCGGGGACGCCCCCGAGGACCCCCCGAGCGUCACCUACCGCUUCGGCUCGGCCGGCCAGGACACGCAGUUCUGCCUGUGGGACCUCACCGAGGACGUGCUGGACCCUCGGCCGCCCCCUCCCCGCGGCCCCCCGCCCCCGAUCCCCGUCGCGGCGGGGUUGCCGCGCUCCUUGUCCCGCUCCAACAGCCUCCCCCAACCCGGCGGGGGUCCCCAAAUCUCUCCGCGGGUCCCCCCGGUGCUGAGCGCGGGGCGUUUCGCCACGCUGACCCUGCGCGACCCCCCGGAGAAGGAGCACAAACGUUACCACAGCCUGGGCAACAUCAGCCGGGGAGGGGGCGGCGCCGAGAAACCCCCCCCGGGGGGCGGCGCGGGGGGGUCCCGGGGGUCUCUGGACAUGGCCAAGGUGCUGGGGACGGCGCUGUGCCCGCGGCUGCACGAGGUGCCGCUGCUCGAGCCGCUCGUCUGCAAGAAAAUCGCGCAGGAGAGGCUGACGGUGCUGCUGUUCCUGGAGGAUUGUAUCGUGACAGCGUGCCAGGAGGGGCUGAUCUGCACCUGGGCGCGGCCCGGGGUCUCGGGCCUGUCCUCGCAGAACGGCGGCUCCCCGAGUGGCACCGUGGUGUAGCUGUCACCUGUGUCACCUCCGGUGUCACCCGCCAGGACACGUGUCACCCCCUGGGUCACCCCCUGGGUCACCUGUGUCA